UUGACGUCAAAUUCUUUACAUCAUGCAGGACCAGGUCAUUACGCUGUACACUUGCUACGAUCUUUCCAUUUAGAUUUCCAGAACCUUCUUUUUUAUUAUUAUUUUAGCGCCGAUUUGCCUAACCUCAUACUCUUUAUAUACACAAAACCCUUAACUCUUCAAUUGCUCAUCUCUCUUACACUAAAUACUAUAUAUGUCCUUACAUAUGGCGGCAAAACGGUUUCUUGAUGAACCUGCUUCAGACCCGACUGAUCAUAAACGACCCAGAACCAGACCUUCUUCUACUUCGGUGCAAUUUCUUUAUAGUGGAGCUCAUGUUAUGGUGAAUUCCGUACAGAAUUUCUGUUCGAUCUUGGAGCCAAUGCUUAGAAAAGUGGUGAAUGAAGAAAUGGAGAUUACUCUAAAUCGGUUACGUGUACGCUCUUUCACUCGCUCUCCUUCGCUACAAAUCCGGGCUCCAGAACCAUCGCCAUCAAGAUUACAACUUAUCUUCAAGGAAAAACUUUUGCUACCGAUAUUUACCGGAAGCAAAAUCGUCGACAUUAAUGGCAAUUCUCUUCAAAUCCAACUAGUAGACACAACUGAGGAUGGUGUAAAGAUCCCAACAUCUCUUACUCAUCCAGUAAAACUAGAGGUUGUUGUUCUUGAUGGAGAUUUCCCUUCAGAUGAUAGGGCCACGUGGACUAGCGAAGAGUUUGACAAUAAAAUCGUGAAGGAACGAACCGGAAAAAGGCCGUUGCUGGCUGGAGAUUGCUUGACGGUUACGUUAAGAGAUGGAAUUGCCGGAAUUGGAGACGUUGAGUUUACGGAUAAUUCGAGCUGGAUUCGGGGCAGAAAAUUUCGAGUUGGUGCUCGAGUUGUUCUUGGUAGCUCUCAAGGUGUUAUGAUUCGUGAAGCAAUGAGUGAUGCUUUUGUUGUUAAGGAUCAUCGUGGAGAAUUGUACAAGAAACAUUAUCCACCAAUGUUGAACGAUGAAGUUUGGCGCCUUGAAAAGAUUGGGAAAGAUGGAGCUUUCCACAAGAAACUAUCUGCUUCAAACAUUGAAAAUGUUCAAGAUUUCUUGAAAUUGUCCAUUGUUGACAAAUCCAAGCUCAAGACGAUUUUAGGAAAUGGGAUGUCUGAAAAAAUGUGGGAAGUAACAUUAAAGCAUGCAAGGACAUGUGAGAUGGGCAACAAACAUUACAUUUUUAAUGAACAUAAUUUCACUGUCACAUUAAACCCUAUUUGUCAAAUUAUGAAUGCUAUUAUUGAUGGCCAAGCUUACUCUACUCAAGAUCUUCCAACCAUUAAUAGGAGCUAUAUUGAAAAUUUGGCAAGACAAGCGUAUGCAAAAUGGAGUUCCUUAGAAGAGAUUAUUGCAGUUUCAAGUGAGAAUCUAGUGGAUCAAUACUCUAAUGAUCAUCAUCAAGCAAUGGUAAAAUCAUAUCAUCAAAUUGAUCAUUCAAGUGAGAGAUAUUUUGAGAUGGGGGAUCAAAUCAACGAUACUGAUAUGGGAUACUUCAAUUGGAAUCAUGAUGAACCAAUUAAUCCCGGCAUCCGAUAUGACCUUUCUGAGUCCUCAUCGGGAUUGAUUCCGGGGUCUUUUAUAUGAACGGAAACUGAUCGAUCACGGUAGCAUAAAUACUCAUAUAUUUUAAACAAGAGGAUUAAGGAUGACGUAUUUAAAUUAAAUGUUUUGGCAGUGUGAUUUGCUUAGUCUUAUGUUUUGCUUAAUUAAUGUGUCAAUAAUAUUAGGGUUAAUAGGUAUAAGAAGAUGAUAUAUAUGUAUGUAGUGGGUUUUUUUACAACAGCUUGGCAUUAUAUGCCUUUUUGGCUAAGGUUAGUCUUUAAAACCUGUUGGUUUCUUCUACCCAUUUUUCUGUAAUGUUAAACCAGAAUAUAAAAGUAUUUCUAUUA